CAGAAAAGUUUUAUGACCUGCAUAUUCAACGGCUUACCGUUAGAUCCACGAAUCCCACAUACAAUUACAUGCGUAACGCGUCGACUUUCUCGCGAGGCAUAUCAAGAUACACUUCGUCUGCUGUCAAGUUACACCUCUGUUUACAUUAAUUCAUUUUCAAGAAACAGAUGUUUGCCGCUGACCAAACAGGGCGUCCGGCGUCGCCUCAUCCGGAUUUAGAGAGAACUGUUUGCGGAUGCUGCGCUGUUUGCAAAGUACACCUAAACUCUUCUGCAGACCCCAGACUUCUGCCUUGCCUGCAUAUAGUUUGUAAUACUUGCCUUACGAAGAUCUGCACAGAUGGAGCCACCCAAGAUUGUCCAUUAUGUGCACAUUCCUUUUGUUUGUCUGAGGUUACAGAAUGUGCCAUUUUCGAAGACGCAUCUAAAAAUAACAAGGUCCCCAAGUGUGCCGGGUGUGAAGAGAGUGAGGUUAGUGGAUGGUGUGUCCAGUGCGAGGAGGCCCUGUGUUUGGACUGUACGUCUGCUCAUCGUAGAGUAAAAGUGACCCGUGACCAUGAAGUCACACCCAAAAAACCACCCACAGGUUGGAUACAGAGAAGACGCUGUCCCUCACACACUCAGGAGAGCUUGAGGUUCUUCUGUCUCGUUUGUGAAGAGCUCACCUGUAAGGACUGUCAACUGAUCUCUCAUAGGGGGCACAGUUUUGUGAAGCAGGAGGAAGCUGUGGGAUCUCAAAGGCAGGUGCUGCAGAGUUUGUUGGACUCCAUCAGACAUCAGAAAGAGACGGUCAGCAGCAGCUUGCUGCACCUAGAGGCAAGAUUGCAGGACAUUAAGAGUAUAAAAGUGGGAGCAAAGAAGAUGUUGACACAGGUAGUCCACUUCAUUUAUCAGACUCUGGUUGUGAGAGCUACACAGAUGUUAAAGGAGAUAGAGGCCCUGUAUGCGGAGGAGGUGGGGUGUUUGUUGGAGAGGAAGACAUCUCUGAACAGGUUGGGAGGCUGUCAGGACUACAUAUCAGUUUUUAUUGACAAGGUCCUACGCACAGAGGGCCACUGCCUCCUGGGCUACACAAAAAGAAUUGAGACCCAAGUGAAAAAGCUUCUAUCCCAGAAGGCAUGCACCCCUGAGACCAUGAUUGAACUGCAUAUUCAGAUUCAGAAUGAACUCUGUCAGCACAUCAUGAAAUGUGGAUUUUUGAGGAUUAGAAGGGUUCUUGUUCCAUUCACCUCUCAGAGAACGUAG